ACCACAGAUCCGUGAGCUUGAUACGACAGGCCCAUUUGUAGCUCCGUGCCCACGGCGACGCUAAGCUAGGACUGAGGUCAAAGCCGGCAAGCGUAUUGCAUGGGUGUGGACGACAAGAUAACCGAAAGACCAAGGAUUACGAAAAAAAUGUUACGUAUUGAUAGCACACGCUUUGGCGUUGACAAAACAGUAACUCUCAUGAGAAUCGAUUGGGAAAUGAGCAAGUGACUACUUCAUUUCAAUGCCCAUGGAUUGCCUACUAUGGGAACGCCGCCCUUUCCAACAUGGUCGCCACGUAGGCACGUCGGUUAUUCGGAGCGCUGGCAGAUCUUUCGCGUCAACGUUCCAGUUAUUAUCUUUGAUAAACUUGUAGAAUAUUGUAACUCAACAAAACGCCCGCAGCGCUUAAUUUCCCAUUUUGUUUCCCAUUAGCUGAGUUGUUGCUCAGAGGGGAAGCUCGUGUCGAUGUCGUCCAUUUUCCCAGCACAAUACUCUACUUAAGUGUACUUUAUUCCAAACGCGAUGAAGACAGCGGGACACGUUUGACCAAAUAUUUGCGUCGUGCUUGAAGCCUUUUCAGCGCUCUUGUCAGAGGAAACGCAAAGGGACGAUAAAUAAAUUCGAAAUAAAAGACGCAGGAAUUCACACAGUCCCAGCGCACCCUCAUAAUCCCCAUAUGAGCACGAUUGUACAUUUCAGUAGAAUAAAUGCUGUUUACGUGUGGCUCCAACCCCAUCAUUAACCACGGUCGUGUGUUGAUUAUAUCAUGAUGUAAUGCGUCACAUGCUGCGCCGCAGCUGUCAAUUGAAAAGCGGCAGAAACGAAACCGAAAAAGAUCUUCUCAACAAGAUGCUGCAGCAGCUGCUCCUCGUCACUUUGCUCUUUCAGGCCGGCAGCCCGCAGAUGAGCGCCUUUGGGGACACAUCGGCAGAGUAUGGCGAGGAUGCACACUUCAAGUGCGAGCUGCACGACCAGAAAGGCGUGCAGCAGGUCACGUGGCAGAGGCGCCUGCGGGAUCAUUCCGUUGAGAACUUGGCGUCCUACAGCAGGAGGUUCGGACAGCACGUCAACGAGCCUUACCGGGAGAAGGCGGUUCUCACUGAGACGUCGCUCAGCUCGGCGUCCCUCACCCUAAAGAAUGUCACGUGGGCAGAUGAAUUUUGUUACAUCUGCAUCUUCAACAUCUACCCGGGAGAGUCCAAAAGAAAGCAGAUCUGCCUCACCGUGCACGGAAUAUCUGAAGUGAAAGCAAAGGUGUACCAUCCCGGCAGCGGGCUCGCGGACGGGAGUGCCUCGGUUGUGUUCAGCUGCUCUGCCACGGGGAAACCGGCACCCGCCAUCCGCUGGCGCUUCACGCCCGACGCCGCCGAUUUGCAGCAGCCGGCGGCCACCGCGCUCGCCAACGACGACGGCACGUUCACCAGCGCUCAGAAUGUCACGCUGCGUGUGUCGCAGAGCUGGCGGGGCCACGCGGACUGCGCGGUGCGGAGCGGGAGUCGGGCGGAGAGGACGGAGAGGGUCCCGUUUGCCUGGAAUGCCGGCUCGGAGAACGAGGCGGGGGAGACCGGUGGAGGACUGUCUUCGACAGGGCAAAUUAUUCUCAUGGUGCUCGCUGUGCUCGGCGUGACGGCGCUCGUAUUCCUCGGCGUCGUCAGAAGACUGACGAGGACACGGAAGAGGGAGAACAUUUCCGAAGUCGGAAGGGACUCCGGCGCGUCUGAUGGCCCGACUUCCCGACGGGAUCAUCUCCAUUCACCAACUUUGCUCGCACCCGAACCCUAACAGCACUUCACGUAGCCUUGUAUGAAGCUUUAAGUUGCAGAAGGUUUCUUGGUAGUAUCGGUUGCUUUUCUGUUACAAAAGGAAAGGACUUUGGGGGCUUGAGGUUCUCCGUUUGUCUUUUGAAAAAGCGGAAAGUGCUUUCAUUUGUCUUGUUUAGGAUAAGCCAAGACGAACGAGCGGAAGUUUUCAACUCCAGGAGCGAAGGUCCAACGGAGACUUUAGCGCCACGUGGUGGACGUUUCAGUAUAUUGCACAGAAAGUGAACAGAAGGACGAAGACGAAAU